GUCCAUGGGAUCAUGAGACGCAGGUGAGAGCUGGGUUUGAGAAACCCACGAUUGAGCCUUUUAGUCAUAAUAAUGGAUGCUUCCUUUUCAACACUAAAUUAUUUUGUUGAGCUGUUUUCUACCUAAAAUAAUUUAUUGUUGAAUGUCGAGUAGGGACGGUGUGUUCAUUCAUAAACAGGCAUGGGAAUUGUAAAAAUAAAUGCAAAAAAUCGCCGGCCCCAGCUACCGUUGCUUUCAUUUCCAUGUAGUAGUAAUGAAAAUGUGGGGAUUGUGAAACGGCCAUUUGGGGAUCAGAUUUAGUUAGAUGAAUGGAGGUGGCCUGGCCGCGGGGGCAACGCUUCUUUCACGCGCGCUCUGCUUUCCACAUUCUUCCUCUCUCUAAGAAAAAUCUUCUAAUAAAGGUUUCUUAAUAAAAAUUAGUAAAAUACGAAUCAAUUAAGAAAAACACUAAUUAAAAUACGAGCGAGAUUAUGCCUUUUGAAUUCCUGCAAUUAAAAAAUUGGGCGGAAGAAGAGGAAAGGGGAAGGGGAGAUGGUCAGAUGGCAACAUUAUAAGAAGAAAAAGUAGCCGUUGUUGGAUGCCUCACUUGCUAAUCAAACCCUGUCUGCCGACAUUCAUUAGUAGUUCUCUCUCAUCAUAAUCCCCCUUUCUUAAUUAAUAAAUAAUCAAAAAAGUCUCAAUAAUACCAAUUUUAGACAAUGAUGUAUAAUAAUACUACCACCACGUUUCAUCAUUUAUAUAUUUUCCCCCUCCCCAAGUGGGAAAUUAGACUCUUUAGCUGCUUCUCAUCUUUGUCGUUUACAUUUCAUAUCGUGUUUACGUGUAACCGCAAAAGUUCCCUUCAUGGAGCAGGUUCACUCACGUAGAUUUUUCAUUUCUACUAAUUAAAUAAAUAACCUUAGAUCAGAUCAUUAGGCUUUCUGUAACGUUAUUAUUAUUAGGAAAGAUAAAAGGUUCAUUUAUCAACAAGGGAGGUGGAAUGGAAGGGUCCAGAUUCCAGAACCACCGCAUCUCUCUCCUCUGAUAAAGAGUGCUUUGGGUAAAUCCAAGCGGGGAACAGAAGCUAUUCCCCCAAACAGUAACCAGUUUGUUUGAUUCUCUCCCUCCUUCUCCCUUCCAUCUGCCGCUGAACCAGAACAAGGAAGAAGAAGCAGCUCGAGCUCCAGCUCCUGGUUUAACUCCUUUUGCCGUCUCUAUCUCUCUCUCUCGCUCCUCCGCGUCCGCCAUGUGAGCGGUGUGGACCAUUGGCGUGUUCCCGAAACUAUUCCUCUCUCCCCCAACCGCCAACCGAAGCGUGGUAGCUAGCUUUGAGCUUCAGCUAGCUGCUGCUGUCUUCCAUCUCCAGAUUUCCUCACCUCCACAUUUCUUCUUCUUCCACCUUUGAUUCUCCUCUACGCCAAGCAGAAGAAACUAGAAGUAGAAGGCGACGAGCUAGGUUUUUCUCCUCCUUCCUCUUCCUCAUUUCUACUGCUUCAGCUCCGGCCGCUUCUCUCGCCGUCGCAAUCGUACGCAAGCAGCUACAAGCUGUACAGCUAUUUUUAGCUUGGAUCGAUGGCGACGCUUGGGGAUAUCUCGGUUUCAGCAGCGAUCAAUCUGCUCAGCGCCUUCAUCUUCCUCAUAGCAUUCGCGAUCUUGAGGCUCCAGCCCUUCAACGACCGGGUCUACUUCCCCAAAUGGUACCUCAAGGGCCUCCGCACCAGCCCCACCAACGCCGGCGGCGCGUUGGUCACCCGCGUCGUCAAUCUGGACUUCCGGUCCUACCUCCGCUUCCUCAAUUGGAUGCCGGAGGCGCUCAAGAUGCCCGAGCCGGAGCUCAUCGACCACGCCGGGCUCGACUCCGCCGUCUACCUCCGCAUUUAUCUCCUAGGGCUCAAGAUUUUCAUCCCUAUCGCUUGCUUGGCGUUUGCGGUGCUCGUCCCGGUGAACGUGACGAAUCACACCCUUGACAAGGCUGCCAAUGUCACCGCCAGCGACAUCGACAAGCUCUCCAUCUCCAAUAUCCCGCGGGAAUCUCAACGGUUCUGGGCGCAUAUUGUGAUGGCUUAUGCAUUCACGUUUUGGACCUUCUAUGUGUUGAUGAAGGAGUAUGAGAAAGUUGCUUCGAUGCGAUUGGCGUUCCUUGCCUCUGAGAAACGCCGCCCAGAUCAAUACUCGGUCCUUGUUCAGAAUGUGCCGCCUGAUGCUGACGAAUCCGUGAGCGAGCUUGUGGAGCACUUUUUCCUGGUCAAUCACCCAGAUAACUACCUCACGCAUCAGGUGGUUUACAACGCAAACAAGCUAGCCAGCUUGGUGAAGAAGAAGAAAAGCUUGAGAAAUUGGUUGGACUUUUACCAACUUAAGUAUUCCAGGAACCAAGCUCAGCGCCCCACGAUCAAGACCGGAUUUCUGGGAUGUCGGGGAGAAAAAGUCGAUGCUAUUGAUCUUUACACUGCCAAGAUUGAGAAGAUAUCUAUGGAAAUAGCUGAGGAGAGGGCAAGGGUGGCGAAGGAUCCAAAGUCAAUCAUGCCAGUAGCUUUCGUCUCGUUCAAAACUAGAUGGGGUGCAGCUGUUUGUGCACAAACUCAACAAUCAAGAAACCCAACUCUAUGGUUGACUGAAUGGGCUCCAGAACCACGGGAUGUAUAUUGGCAGAAUCUGGCCAUCCCUUACGUUUCCCUCACGAUCAGGCGGCUUAUAAUUGGAGUUGCAUUCUUCUUCCUUACCUUCUUCUUCAUGAUCCCCAUAGCAAUGGUGCAAUCCCUGGCCAGUAUCGAAGGAAUCGAGAAGGCAGCACCUUUUCUGGAGCCUAUAAUCGAAGCUGACUUUAUUAAGUCGUUUAUCCAGGGCUUCCUACCUGGUAUCGCUCUCAAGCUAUUCCUGAUCUUCCUACCAUCAAUACUGAUGAUGAUGUCCAAAUUUGAAGGCUUUAACUCCCUGUCCUCUCUGGAGAGGAGGUCAGCUACCCGGUUUUAUAUAUUCAACAUUGUGAAUGUCUUCCUGGGGAGCAUAAUUGCCGGAACUGCAUUCGAGCAGCUGAAUACAUUUCUGAACAAGUCCACUGGCGAAAUCCCGAAGAUAAUAGGUGUGGCGAUCCCCAUGAAAGCAACUUUCUUCAUAACCUACAUAAUGGUCGAUGGCUGGGCUGGAAUUGCUGGAGAAAUCUUGAUGUUGAAGCCGUUGAUAUUUUACCACUUGAAGAACUUCUUCCUGGUGAAGACUGAAAAGGAUAGAGAAGAAGCCAUGGACCCGGGGAGUCUCGGGUUCAACACAGGAGAGCCCCGGAUACAGUUCUAUUUCCUAUUGGGGCUUGUCUACUCAACCGUGACUCCUUUCCUCCUGCCCUUCAUCAUCAUCUUCUUUGCAUUUGCUUACGUUGUCUUCCGCCACCAGAUCAUAAAUGUGUACAACCAAGAGUACGAGAGCGCAGCAGCAUUCUGGCCAGCAGUGCACGGUCGCGUACUCAUCGCGCUAGUCAUCUCGCAGCUGCUGAUGAUGGGGCUGCUGAGCACCAAGGGAGCAGCUCUGGCAACUCCAUUCCUACUCGCCCUGCCCGUGCUCACAUUCUGGUUCUACAGAUUCUGCCAGGGCCGGUACGAACCAGCGUUCGUCAGGUACCCGCUGCAGGAAGCCAUGAUGAAGGACACUCUCGAGCGGGCCAGGGAACCCAACCUGAACCUGAAGGGAUACCUUCAGCAAGCUUACGUUCACCCAGUUUUCAAGAGUGCGGACGAGCGCGACGACGACGACAUAGACGAUGACGAGGACGGCGGUAUGUCUUACUUGAGCGGGAAGAUUGACCACAGCGACACCGUGCUGGUUCCGACGAAGCGGCAGUCGAGGAGGAGCACCCCAGCUCCCAGCAGAGUCAGUGCAGGGUCCUCCCCCUCCAUGUCCGAGGAGAGAGGUCAUUCUGCCAAGGGCGGCCCUCCUCCUGAGCCAUAAUUAAGCAGGCCCCUGAAUGUGUAAGUAGAACCACUUGUAAGUAGCACUGUAAAACGACCGCGUUUUCCUCGAGGAACCGCGUUUUAGUGUACUUGUUGAACUCGCGACAACUGUUGUUUGAUUGCAUUGGCAUAUAUGAUAUAUCCUCCACUGUGGAUAACGUAGAAAUGGAUGACGGGGUGCAUUUUGAUUCGUCAGUCUUCUUCUGCCUGAUCCAGAGAGUGCAAGUGUUAGAUUUUACGUUGUUGGCAGUUACUGACAUGGUACCUUGUAUGCCUGCCACCUGGCAAUUUGCUUUCUUGCCGCACGAGUGAGUGAGUCCUAACUAAUAAUGGAGGCUUUGGCUUCCCACGUGUGCACAGAGAAGAGGAAUUAACAGUACUGUACCUACGAGCUACCUGAUUGGCGUCUUUCUCAGUGAGCUGCAGUUAGUUAAUUAUGCGUGCGUUAACUGUGAAGAGGUCAGUAGGAUUAGGGUAAUUCGAGCAUGCUUUCCACACGUUUCUCACAACCAAGUCUCUGAACUCUCAAAUUUAUUGUACUUUCUACCUGCCUAUCUAUCUGUCUCCAAAUGCGACGUAAGUUCUUGAAGAAGAUCCCAACAUAAAAUAAAUCCAAGGAAAUUCGUGUAAUCUGUGAGCA